CGCCCAUUUUCGAGAUGACUUCGGGCUACUCCGUCAGUUGUUCGGCUUGUUUCGCCCAUCAUUCGGUCGUUCUCGAUGGUGCCGCUGACGAUUUGAUUUUCGUCCCUCUCGUUCUCUGUGUUGUUGUUCUCGGUGACGCGACGGAGGUGUAGCCUGACGCGGUCUCUUACGUGUCGGCCUGAAUAAAAGUGGAGCUCCGAGGGCCCGGGAGUGACCGAGGGAGUCUGUUUCGCUAAGUCGAUGACCAUGGAGUCGGGAGCAGAGGUUCAUCAGGGAGGAGACACGGCAGUGUCAGAGAUAGACAGCCAACAGAUCUCCCAGGCACAGAUAGCCACCCUGGCACAGCAGGAUUAUGUUUAUGCUUUGCAGGUUUCCAUGGCAGCAGGUCACGCCACAUCCAGCGGUCCUACGGUCACCCUGGUGCAGCUGCCCAAUGGCCAGACGGUCCAGGUUCACGGCGUCAUCCAGGCCGCUCAGCCCUCUGUCAUACAGUCACCACAGGUCCAGACUGUUCAGAUCUCCACCCUAGCAGAGAGUGAAGACUCUCAGGAGUCAGUGGACAGUGUGACUGACUCUCAGAAACGCAGAGAGAUCCUCUCACGACGCCCCUCAUAUAGGAAGAUCCUGAAUGACCUGUCAUCAGGUGACACCCCAGGGGUUCCCAGGAUCGAGGAAGAGAAAUCGGAGGAGGACACAGCGCCCGCAAUCACCACGGUUACCAUGCCCACAUCAUGCCCCAUCUACCAGACCAGCAGUGGCCAGUACAUCGCCAUCACCCAGGGCGGGGCAAUCCAGCUGGCCAAUAACGGAACAGACGGGAUCCAGGGACUGCAGACCCUGACUAUGACCAACGCUGCGGCCGCCCAGCAGGGCACCACCAUCCUGCAGUACGCUCAGACCUCAGACGGCCAGCAGAUCCUGGUGCCAAGCAACCAGGUGGUAGUGCAAGCUGCGUCAGGAGAUGUGCAGGCCUACCAGAUCCGCACGGCCCCCACUAGCACCAUCGCCCCUGGGGUGGUCAUGGCCUCCUCCCCUGCCCUGUCUGGCCAGGGGGGCCCAGAGGUAGAAGUUACCCGCAAGAGAGAGGUCAGACUCAUGAAGAACAGAGAGGCGGCCCGCGAGUGUCGCAGGAAGAAGAAGGAGUAUGUCAAGUGUCUUGAGAACCGCGUGGCCGUGCUGGAAAACCAGAACAAAACCCUCAUAGAGGAACUGAAAGCACUUAAAGACCUGUACUGCCAUAAAUCUGAGUAGCUUCAAAAUAACCCAUCCUAGCCCAACUGUCACUCCCUAUUCAGCGGGCAUCAGACUGCCCACUGACCUGUACAGAGACUCUGCCAAGCAUUGGCCUACGGGCAUGACCCAUGACAUCUGAAGCAAGAGGAUGUGAGAGAGAAGACAGAAUGAAAAUGGAUUGAUGGACGGGAGAUCAGUGAUGGACAGUGCUUUGUGGGAACUGUAGUAAACAUGACCACUUUGGCCCAUACGUCCCCCAAUCUCCCAUCCACCAAUCCAUUUUCACCCUGUCUUCUCUCUCACAUCCUCUUGCUUCCACUCCUUCUUCUCCCGCUCACUUGUUAUCCACCUUUUCAUCUUUCUUUGCCUCUCCCAACUUCUCUCAAUAUUAUCCCACCGCGGAACUGAAAGGAUGAGGAUUCAUUCGUCAGUUGUGGUUCCAGGGAUAACGUGGUGAAACAUAACACUAACUCUUUUACACUAUUCAAGCUUCUUGUUUGGGGUUUGAAUACUGGGAAGAGAAGUCACAGACUUCUGACAUAGUCAUUUUUUAUUAACCCAAAGCCUCUUAUCUCUUCACUAACAAUGGUUAGCCAAUCAAACCAUAGGGUUAGUGUCUGAAUGUCCAAUCAGCUCAAGAGGAAGUCAAGACAAGGAAGUCAAGGUAGCCUCCAGAACCCUGGCAUUGGAGUCAGUUAAGACAUUGUAGAUUUCCCUGGGCCCGGUUUCCCAAAAGCAUCUGAAGGCUAAGUUCAUCGUUAGAACUUUUGUAGGAGCCUCGUUAAAUCUCGUUAUUAACGUUGCACUUGAAAGCGCUCGUAAUCUAACGCAUGCUUCAGACCACUCGUAGAACAGCAGUGCGUCGUUAGAUGCUUUUUUGCCCUCCUUUAUGUACAGAAGAUCUCCGCUAAACAUCACAUGGUUUUAUCCGUCUCUCUGUGUCCGCCGAUAACUUCAGAACAAUGUUGACUACAAAUGCAAAGGUGCUAAUGUCUUUGUAAUUGAUACAAACAAGCAACGUAUAAAAAUAUGCUUCAAAUGAAAACCGAGAUGACUGCAUUAAGAUAUAAACAGUAGGAUGUAGGCCUAUUUCAGUCCUAUUGAAAUACAUACCAUGUUCAAUCAAUUGAGUUCUAUGUUGCUACUUGUAGGCUACUGUUUGUAAUUUGUCUCAAUAUAUUUCAUGAUGUGUAGCCUAACGUGCUUAAUGAUGUGCCAAAUCUUUGAUUUAGUGGGUAAGCAUUAGACUAAGGCGCCUCAAUAUUUGCAUCCAUGGGUGGUAAUAUCCGUAGCCGCGGGAAGUAAGGGUGCUGAGGGUGCUGCAUCACCCCCUGAUAAAUCACAGUAAACCAAAUUAGUGCACUAGGCCUUUGAAUAAACCAAAUUGGUGCACUAGGCCUUUAUUACCCCUGUAUGAGCGGAGAAAAAUAC